GAUCAAAUCUGUGCGUACGCACGCUUUAUAAAUGAGGCCCCUGCUAUUGAUACGCAAAAAUGGACUUUGGCGUGUUUAUGAUACGAACGUGUUUGGCGUGCAUAUAAACGCAGUUUUCGCGUGCAUAUGUUACCAAAUUUUUUGGGCGUGCAUAUGAUACGCAUCUACCCCACAAUCCUAAUCCUACGCAUCGCGUAGCAUAUACACGCCAAAAUCCAUUUUUGCCUAUAAAUACCACGAGUUUUCAUUUUUAUUUGGCGUACUACUUAUACGCACUUUCAUGAGAUCGGGUUGGGAAGGAAGAGCUUAAAGAAAACGCACAAUAACAGGUUUCGGAUGAAUGCUUAGCUGUUUACAAGUGUGGUCAGUCAGAGGUUUAGGUUACUUGUGAAAAUAGUCCAACAGCGAUUAAAUUAGUAAAAGAGAGCAGCACAAACGUGUCUUUGUGAUGUGAUGUGAGGUCAUGUGAUGUGAUCCUCCUCACUGUAUAAUGGGGAAUUUAGAGGAUGUCGGGGAGUCCGAUGCCACAGCACGAGCGCUGCAUGAGAGUUUAAUAAUGUUCCAGUCCAGGACAUGUGGACCAACAACCCACAGUUUAAAACAACGAGCAACAGCGCUGUCGAGCAGCUUCAGUGACCUCUGCCUGUGUCUGGCGCUCUCUUACGGUCUUGAGGUAAAGCAGGUACAACAGGCUGAUCUCGCGCUGUGAGAAUGCCACAGUUAUGCGGCCUCCUCAUCACACUUUUAUUUGUUGAGACAGUUGCUGAAAAAAAGUACUGUUGGUACUUUGAAGGAGAUUAUCCUGUGUACUUUGUAUGCAAGACAUAUGAAGACUGCUGUGGCACACAAUGCUGUGUUCGAGCCCUUUCUGUUCAGAGAAUAUGGUAUUUCUGGCUGCUGCUGAUAAUUGGCAUUUUGUGCUGCUGCAGUACCGGAUACUUCAUUCGCAGACGUGUCCACCCUUACCCUCCACCCGAGAGACCUGAUUUUAACGUGGCUUUCACCAGACAGUCCAUCAUAUCACCAGGAUUGCAUCAGGCUGGCUUUCACAGUUAUGGAGACUCAGAGACUGCAGUCAUUUCCACCGUCUACCCAGUGCAGACCCACCCCGGUCACGUGACUGCAGUGUAUUCAGCCCUGCCGUCCCACUACAGACAGCCCCCUCCUUCCUAUGAUCAGGUCAUGCAGGACUCGCAGAAGAAAUAAACAGUGACUUUUUCUUACUCUAUCUGUGAGGAAUAAAACAGAAGAAGCUCAACAACUCAGGCAUGGAAGAAAACUUUGUACAAGUACAAAAACAAGAAGUUAAGAACAUUGAAACUCCAUCUUUUUCUCAGCAUAAAAGACUGCUGGAGGCUUGAGGUUCCUCAUCUGUGGAUACAGUAAAAGUGCACUUAGUUGUCAGAAUAUGUUUAUAAGCAUAACAGGUUACACAAUAGCUUUCACGUUUAAGGCAGAGCAGAUCAGUUUAACAAUAGCAACAAUAGCCUCAACAAACUACUUUAUAUUUUAUAAUUUUAUAUUGUUCACUUCUAAAGAAAUUUUAUUAUGAUACAUAGAAACAGAAUGUUCUGACAUUAUUAAACAUUUGUAUUUCUUCCACAUAAAGGGCAUUAAACACAUAAAUGCUUAUGAAAUGUUAUUGGUUGAAAUCCACUGCAUAGUACAUUUUUUAUAUCAC